UAAUGAUAUACAUAAUCCGAACUAACAGGAAGUGAUAGUUUAGGUAUAUAAGUUGGAACAUUUAAUAGUAGAAUCACUCCUGUUUUAACACAAGCACGAAGUCAGAAUGAAACUUGCCAUCACAACUGUUGCUAUCUUGGUCUGCCUUUGUGGCAUGACACUUGCUGACGAUUAUUACGGUGGCUCCGGAUAUUCCGGAAGCUAUGGUGGUGGAGUCGGUGGAUACUCCGGAAGUUACGGUGGCAUCGGAGGAUAUGGUGGAAGCAUGGGCGGAUAUGGUGGAAGCUUGGGUGGAUAUGGCGGUUAUUCCGGAUACGGACAAAAGGGAUACUCUGGUUACGGCUCCAAGGGAUACUCCGGUUAUGGCGGUGGACAUUCUAGUUACGGCCAACAAGGAUACUCCGGUUAUGGUGGACAUUCUGGUUACGGUAAAAAGGGAUACUCUGGAUAUGGUAAAAAGGGAGGAUAUGUUGACGAAAUUGUUCAGUACGUUCCUCAACCAAUCCCAGUCGCAUCUCCAUUUGCUGGUGGAGCCGGUAUGGGCGGUAUGGCCGGACUUGGCGGUAUGGAUGGCAGUAUUCUCGGCGGAAAUGGAGGACUUGGACUUUUUGGACUUCUGUUCCUCUUCCUGAUUUUGUUCAACAACAACAACACCACCAAUUAGAGAUAUAGAUUAAAUUUAAUAAAUAUUUGGUAUAUGUGGAUGGCCCUCAAGGAGUCUGUUUACAAAUAAAUAGUUAUAUAUAAUAUACAAAAACGAUUUUAUUUUCUAAUUUGAUAUAACA